UUGCCACUGACUGUAGGAAUAAGUGCCACAUCUUUCUCUUGAUUUCACUGCCUCCAGGAGGAGCCCACCUCACAGGUUGAUAAAUGCUGGCUUAACCCAUAUAAGGCACUGUGUCAGAUUCUGCUCAUGAUUCUGCCUAUACUGAGCCUUCAUUAUCUUUUACUUCGUGUACAGGGCCGUCUUAAGCCCAUCCAGCACCCUGGUGCUAGGUCCAUCCAGCGCCCCCCUCCAGAGCCUCUCCAAGGGCCCGGGAGUGCCAAGCGGACCGCGGCAGCAGCGGAAGGCCACCUCCGAGGACUCCGUGCUGCGCCUCCUUCUCGUUUCCCCAGUGCUGGGUUCUGCUCAGUCAAGCUUCGCCACCAGUGUGCGCACCGCGGGACCAGCAAGAGCUGCUUGGGCGCUGUGCACACGCUGGUGGCGAAGCUUGACUGAGCGGAACCCAGCGCUAGGGAAAUGAGAAGGAGGCGCAGCGCGGACUCAGUCCUCGGAGAAGGAGAGAGACGCGGCGCAGCCUCUCAGCUAGUGAAGCGCAGUCCUGGCCAGAUCGCCGGAACCCUGCGCUCACUUGGCGCCCUUCCAGCGCCCGGCGCCGUGGUUCUCCGCGCUACUAGCCUCUAUGGCUAGGACGGGCCUGUUCGUGUGGUCAUUUGACUAUUCCUAUGCAAAGUGAUUGUAAAACGUUACCAAAUCAAUCGCCUCUUUGUUAAACUUCUGUGCCAUGCCUUUGAUAGAUGAUGUUAUUAUUUAAGCUGUUGUGUCCUUCGAAGCUGGCUGAGUAGCUUUGGAAUUGUGUUUCCUGGUGCUCGUGCUCCUUCUGAGCAUGCUAUCUACAAGGUGGUCAAAAAAGAUGCACACCACAGUACAGUGGUACCUCUGGUUAUGAACUUAAUUCGUUCCAGGUUCUUAACCUGAAACUGUUCUUAACCUGAGGUACCACUUUAGCUAAUGGGCACUCCCGCGGCCAUGCAAUUUCUGUUCUCAUCCUGGGGCAAAGUUCUUAACCCGAGGUACUACUUCCAGGUUAGCGGAGUCUGUAACCCGAAGUGUUUGUAUCCCGAGGUGUUUGUAGCCCGUGGUACCACUGUAUAGUACAGUAAAAAAUUUAAAUCGUACUCUUAACAGUGAGGUUCUUGUGGUGAGCAUCUCUUUGAGCCAACUUGUAUAUAUAUAAUUCAGCAUGCAUCUUCCCUGUGCAAUAAUAAUUCUUGCCCAGAACUUGUGCAAGUGUUUUAUUUCACGACAUGAUAUACUUGUAACUGUUCAGGGGAUACAGGUAUCUCCCUUCUAGCUUCUGCCACCAUUGCUAGAAAUCCAGCAUGCAAGCUGCAAUUUGACUUUUAAAUGUAAUUUUCUUCCCUUACUAGCACUGUUACUGUUACUGAGAUUCUAUGCGUGAGAUAGCGUAUCACUGCCAUGGGCAUCUGUUAAGACGGUGCAUGAGAACAUCGCUGAUGACAAGAUUCACUUCUUAGCCAAGCCUGUGAAAAUCUUGUUAGGAGUUCUUAGGGUUUAUUUUAUUUUUGCUUAUUGUUUUUAUACUGAGUGCUUAUACUGUAUAGUCAAAAGUUGCAAACCUGAGCGAGGAUUCCUUCUCCCCUGCUUUAUCUUUGUUUCUUUGAAAGAUACUGUAUACGCUCCCCUCUCAAUUUUACCUAUCUCAUCAAAGGAUCUUCCACCCACCAAGUUACUUCUUUCUCCAUUGUGUUCAUUUAGGUUUCUUGGAUAAACUUAAUAGCCUUGUACUAUGUUUCCUAUAAUGUAGGUGCAGGAUCUGGUCUAGAGAAAGCAUAGCAAUAAGGAUGAAGUUACCCCCAUUUUUAACAGCAAUAAUAAUUAUCUAUAACAGGCAUAGGCAAACUCGGCCCUCCAGAUGUUUUGAGACUACAAUUCCCAUCAUCCCUGACCACUGUUCCUGUUAGCUAGGGAUGAUGGGAGUUGUAGUCCCGAAACAUCUGGAGGGCUGUUUGCCUAUGCCUGAUCUAUAAUCUCCUACAAAAAACCCUCUUGUUUUUCUUUAAAACUUACUUGUAAAGAAUAUUAAAAUGAAUGUUCACAUAAAUGUUUUGAAACCCCCACCCUAGGAUAUAAUAUAGCACCAAUAUGGAUAGUGACAAAAUAAAAAUAAAAAUAGUGUAUAUCAGGAAAUGAAAUCUACAGCACAGGGAAUAAAAUAAGUUGUCAUACAAAUAAAUUAUACCAUUUAUGGACCAAUGGUAAAUAAGGCAUAGUCUGGUGGACACUUCUAAAAUAAGGCCUCCAAGAGCCAGUGUAUGUUACAGAACAAUGUGUACAAUCUGAGUUCCCUCAACAUUUUAAAAAGUGUGUUUGAGAGAUAGGUAGCUUGCCUAAGAGCAAUAAGAAAUCAAUUGGACCCCUAGCUAGAACUGGGGUUUUCCCUUUAAGGUGAAACCUUUCUGUGUAUUUUCUUUACCAUAAUUUUAUUUUGGGGGUGAUUAUUAGGUUUUAAAAGCCAAAUUAAUACAGUUUUCAUCUGCUUGUGCCAUAAUUUUGUGUAGCAAUUACUGAGUGAGUAAUGGUUCAUUCUGUCCACUCUUCUUCCAACACUCCAGGUAGAAUAUCGUAGCUAUUAAAGUACAGUCAAUGAUGAUAUUGUUACUGAGAUUGAGACAGAUCUAGAGCUGUACUGCAACAGACUGGGUGUUUGUAAACCUUGGAAGGUAUGGAAACCAAACCACCGGGAGCUGGAACACAUUCCUUAUGAAGAAGAAAAGUUACUAUAGAGGUACAUGAAAACGAUUUGCAAAAUUAUGUGUGGUGUGGAGAAAGUGUGAGGGUUUUCUCCUAUACUAGAUUUUCAACCCGAUUGGCAGGAGAAUCAGGAUAGACAAAGGAAAUUGGGUUUUUGACACUGAACCUAAUUAAUUUAUGGAACUUGCUGCCACAAUAUGAUGUCAUGGUCAGUAGUUUAGUUGCCUUUGAAAGGGGAUUAGACAAAUAAAUGAAGCAUAGGUCUAUCAGUGUCUAUAAAGAUCCAUGAUGAUGAUGUGCACUUUUAAAGAGGAAAUAAGGUAUGCCAAUGAAUACCAGGUGCUUCAAACAAAACUAGGAGAGGACAGUUGCUUCUUUGUCACCUCAGCCUAGCCAUUGUAGAAAAUGAGAUGCUGGAAUAGAUGACUAUUGGACUAAUCCAGCAGGGAUCUUGCAGAGUACAACUAUGUAUAGUGUUACUUAUUGGAUAACACGAGAGAGAGAGUACCUUUACAGGAGCGACUUCUGCUACAGUGUCUUAGGUAUGCUUCAUAUGGAUAAUAAGCUGGGUGGAGAAAUACAUGCCACGCCAGCAGUUUAUUCGAACGGUUUGCCACUGCACACAAUGGGCUCACUGUAUGAGGCUUUCAGUUUUCAAGAAGCCUCCUGUUAUAUACUGCUCUUUGCAGGGCCACUCUUGCCCUCCUUCUGUGGCACAAAUAGGUUAGAACCUGAGAAACAUUUCUGUGUGUGCAUUUUUCAUGAUAAAUUGAAGAGGAGUAGGUUAAGUGGACGCAGGUGGCGCUGUGGGUUAAACCACAGAGCCUAGGGCUUGCUGAUCAGAAGGUCGGCGGUUCAAAUCCCCGCGAUGGGGUGAGCUCCCGUUGCUCGGUCCCAGUUCCUGCCAACCUAGCAGUUCGAAAGCACGUCAAAGUGCAAGUAGGUAAAUAGGUACCGCUACAGCAGGAAGGUAAACGGCAUUUCCGUGCGCUGCUCUGGUUUGCCAGAAGCGGCUUUGUCAUGCUGGCCACCAUAGCUGCCAAGUUUUCCCUUUUCUCGCAAGGAAGCCUAUUCAGCAUAAGGGAAAAUCCCUUUAAAAAAGGGAUAACUUGGCAGCUAUGCUGGCCACAUGACCUGGAAGCUGUACGCCGGCUCCCUUGGCCAAUAACGCAAGAUGAGCGCUAUAACCCCAGAGUCGGUCAUGACUGGACCUAAUGGUCAGGGGUCCCUUUACCUUUAGGUUCAGUGUACAUUCUCCAUGCACCGAAUCUCAGCCAUUCACAUGGCAUGAGUUGAACCCAGGUGCCAAGUGACUUGCUGAGGUUGUAUUUGGGGGAAAGUGGCAACAUUUAAUCCUCCCCCCUUUUAAUUGAAGAUGCCUGCGUCUGAGGCGCAUCCCUUGCACUAUUAAGCCUACUUGGAGGGGAAAGGCAGCAAGCAGCCUCCAAGUAAUGGUGCCUACCCUUUGCACAAACAGAUCAAAAGGAAAUGGAGGGCAGGAGAAAAGGUCAUUUUCUCUCUUUCAGAGGGAAAAAUGGAUAAAGGUGGUUUUAGUCAUGCACUCUACAAAACAGCAUAAACUGUCUGACCACAUCAAAUCCCCAGGGACUGGGAUGGCCUUCCCUGUGGACUUACUGGAAAACUACACUCAUGAAGACCUGGAAAGUUCUGGAGAAGAUUAUAUGUCUGAUCUCAGGUGUGGGGAUCCAGAUAACCCAGAGUUCCUGUCUCUUGCCAGUAACGUCAAAAUCCCAAUUCUUCUAUCCACAGUAGGCUUCAUCCCCCUUUAUGGCGGAGAGGAAAGACACAAAGUCCUUGCUUUGUUUGCGCCAGAAGAUUUGAUCACAGCUGUUGCCUUGUUCCUUGCUGAUCAGUGGUGGUCUAUUGAUGAUAUUAUGAGAACAUCUGUCCCUUCCAGAGAAGGACUUCUGCAGGUGAACUCCAUUGGAGAGAGAGUGGUCCUUUAUGUGCUAAAUAAAAUGAUUUAUCGCCAGCAAGAAAUGGAGGGAAAUGAAUUUCCAUUCCUCUGUCACGGUAGCGAUGAUUAUGCAAAAAUACUAUGGAAGAAUGGAGAGGCAAUUGGUUUUUAUUCUGUUAAGCUUCCAGGAAGCAUAUGCAAUGCCUUUCUGACCCAGAGCUACCAGCUUCCGGUCCUUGACACAAUGUUUGUGAGGAAGAAACAUCGAGGGAAAGAUUUUGGGCUCCUGAUCCUGGAAGAUUUUGUGGAUUCUUUCACAGAAGAUGCUCUUGGCCUGCGGUUCCCACUCACGUCUUUUAUGCGUGUUGCUUGCCAGAAAUACUUUGAACAGUAUCCAGGGGAUCAUUACCUUCUGUGGGAAAUUGAAGGCACUGGCACCCUUCACCAGCGGAAAACUGUAGCUAGCAUUUUGGAGAAAGAAAGUUUCAAAUGCAUAGAAGGCUCACAGAAAGAAAACAUCGGAUCCCAGGCUGAUGAAAGUUUUCUGCAGACUGCCGUGAACACCACAAGUGAGCAGGCAUCUGAGCCCAGGGAAACACAGUUAAGUGCUGAUGCUCAUAAAAACAAAGAUGGCUUAGAAGUAUUUGAAGGCACAUCCGAAGAACUUAAUGCUGCUCAGCUUUUUGCACGAUCACGAGGCAAUAAUCUCAGACGCCCAAAAUUGGGGAAAAGGUUCCAAGAUCCUGAAAGUAUUGAAGAUGAAGUUUUUUAUAUACCAGAAAGCAGAUCAGAACCUGACGCACGUGUAUCUGAAAGUUCGGAAGAGGUGAUGGAGAUGGAAGAAAAUGUGGUUGAAAGUGAGCAGGAGGUGUUAGUUGAAAACCAGAAACAACCAGCCCAAGAAGCACCCCAGAUGUGCCCUGCAUCUGAGAAGCAAGAUGAUAAAGAGGGAAUGGAAGUGGAGCCACUCAACGGAGAGCUCGUGGAAGAUGCUAUCAAGGUCUCAAUAGUGGCUGAAGGACAAACAGGAAGUGAAGUGGUGGAUGGAGAGUCAAAGCUGCAGUUGGAAAAUCCAGAGGAAACAACUUUAACCUUGCUUGUCCCAUUAAUCCUUGAUUCGUCAGUAAAAUCCACUGAAGACAGUGAUGACAACGUUUCUGAUAAGGUUGACAGUGUGGCAGAUGCGGAACUUCCACCCGAAGAGGAACAACAAGCAACACAAAGGAAAAGGACCCUUGUUCCAAAUGCAGAUCCCGUUGCUGCAGCCGAGAAGGAAGAACCCUCCAACAACGGCCUUUCGAACUCUGUAGCAACCGCUGAGGCUCUGGAAGAUACCAUUUCGGAGAAUGUGUCUCCUAACACAACUUCCUCUGUGGAGGAGCAGAGUGAAGAAGGAGGCUCUGACACUCCAGAGGCCCCCGUUGUUCUAGGCCAGGGCGCUUUAGUGAUGGUUGAACUGGAGGAUAUCUCGUACUCGCAUCACCCAGAAGGGCAAAAGAAUCAACUGGAUGAACAGUCUGAAGAGUCAGCUGAGCCUGCAUCUGAGAAAGCCGCAGACAGCAGUUCAGAGGAUGUGGAAAUCGAAGUGCCCGUAGUGGACAGGCGGACCUUAAGAAGGAAGGCCAAAGGAUACAAAGGACCACCCAAGAAAAAAGGAAAGCUCAUUUGAAAAGGGAAGAGGAGCAUUGUUUCCACCCAGUUGGAUCACUUUCCGUAUUUUUCUUAAAAAAAGAAAACAAAAACAAAACAAAAACAAAUUAUGAAACUUCAUGGAACACCAGAACACACGUGUAUUCAAACACUGAAAUCACUCUGCAUUUCCCCAUUCAGUUACUCGUUUUGUGUGUUUAACCACUAUAUGAGGAGAACAAAUUUGGUGGUAAACGGAUAGUCUUUUUAAAAAAUAGUAGGACCUAUUUUAGCCCAGUUUGUUUAGCCACAAAAAAGCUGUUCAUCAGGUCACAGUAGAGUUGUGGAGAGGCCAAACAAAUUUCGCGACAAGUUGUAAAUUACCAAGCUUUCUGAUGUGGCUUUUGAUUCGUAAGCCAUUAUUUACAACAGCUGUUCCCCUAGAAGUAAGUGCCACCUAUUGUCCUGUGUGUUCUUAUUAUGUGUACUUCUCUGGUUCCAGCUUAGAGAAUCUGCCCCUUGUGGUGUGGAAGUAGACACACCCUGGUAACUUCAGAGUUAACCUUCAUAGGCUUAUUGGGAACAGAAGCUAUGACUAGUUAUUUUUCAAGCCCUGGAGCAUUAUUUUGUAGCGAAUUAAAAUCCUGUUUUAACACAAUGCAAAAUAUCUGACAUUAUUUCUGCUUAGUCAUGAGCACUGUUCCCUGUUGCAUCUUUGGCUCUUCACGGAUGCUAUAUCCACUUUCAUUAAGUCAAGCAUCAGUCACUCCCAACUAGGGAUCAGCUAAUCCUGAAUUUUGUUUUGUACUGGGAGUCUUCUUGUUAUUUCACAUUGUGAAUAAAGCAGAUUGUUUGACUAACGAAGCUUCUAAAAUAACAGAUGGAAACUGAAGAGUAAUUAAGAGUUAACGGUAAGAUAAGAACCUCAGAUUUGUACGGUUACACCUUUUUAUAAGUAGCGGCAAUUGGUAAGGUUCGUAAAAAAAUGUUACGUUUUAAAUUUGAAGCAAUUUCUUUUUUAGUGUUUAUUAAUAAAAAGGUUCACUUGAAUAGCGUGGAAAGAUUUUGAUUUCAAUGUGCUGAGGAUUGGUCUGUUUUGGCUUUCUGAUUGUACAGAAUUUCUGGCUAUUUUCUAAUAGCUCAGUUGACUGGUAGGGUUUUUUUUAAAAAAAACUUUUUUUUUUCUUGUCUUGACAAAAGUGCUGGGUUGUGUGUGGUUUUUUUUUUUAAGCAUGUCAUGAGAAGGUUUGGGACAUGCAUAGAAUUGCCAAGUUGAGUGGGUUUUUCAGAGCGUUCUUUUUUCUACCAAUGUACAUUCUGUAUUGUGGAUUAGGAAUGUAUGUGCAGAAAUAUUAGUUGUUGUUUAUAAACAAUAUAUUCAAGUGAACCUUCAGCAUUUUUAAUGUUUGAUUAAAUACUUUCUUACAAAGCACAUUAAAAACCGUUUAAGGCUUGUCUCUUGUAGUACUAAGAGCUUUUUUUGUAAAAUACAACACCUUGACAAUUUAAGAAUUGUCUGCAGCUUUUGCCACGUCACUAGGACUGGAGUUUUUGAGGGUGGUGAUGGGGUGGGUUUAGAACCUUGUGUACAGAGUUUUAACAUAUAUAGGAUAUGAAUGUUAGGUGUGUUGGGCUAUUAAACAUUUUGUGGGACUUUACAUUUCUUGCUCUGUAAAUCAAAGCUGCGUUUUGAGAGGUGACUCGAGUCUGUAUCCCUGUCAUGGCUUCUGGAUUACAGUGAUAACAUUUUUAAGUGUGCUUUUAAAUUGGUGUGUGUUCUCCCCCAAAUCAUACAUUGGUCCUUCUGCAUUUAAAGCUAUGGAACUUUGCUAGUGAAGUCAAUUUUUUGUCUUCAUUCUGCAACUUCAACUGGUCUGUGGUGGCAUCUUAUUGUAAAUGUCUAUUUCUUCAGUUAGAGCUCAGCUUCUCCACACUUCUUGGGUGUGUUUUAAGGUUCCAUAAUAUUCAUGGAAGUGGGUCCAGGAGCAUGCCUUUGGUUACUUUGUACAUAAACCGGAGUAGCAAGUUUGUUUUUUUAAUGCAAACAUAGGAAAGGCUUGCCCAUCUGCCAUAACCUAUCAUAUGUUAAUUAGCCAUGAGUGAUUCUUAUUUGCAUGCAUUUAACCAAGAUAAGUAUAUCUCAAACCAUGCUUUGUUGAUAAACUAAACAUUUAAGUCAGCCUUUGUGAACCUGUUGCCCUCCAUAAGUUUUGGAUGACAACACCAUUGGUCCCAGCUGGCUGUGGCAGAUGGGAGUUGCCUUCCAAAACAUCUGGAAGACACCAGGAUCUCAGAAGUUGUGAAGACCCUCUAUGGAUAAUGCAGUUACAGCUUCUCCUUCUUGCAGAGCCACAUCUGGAUGGUCUCACUCUAGUAAGCAUCACAACUAGAUAUUUGUUCCUUUUCACCAGCUUGUAUUUUUUUAAAAAAUGUACCUAUUGCUACAGAGUACAUCAAAUUACUAGAACUAUGCUGAAAGGAUCAGUUAAGAACAGGUCUGUAAAACUGAAAGAAGGCUAUGUGACUGAAAGUUUAUGCAACAUUGAAGAGCAAGUGCUUGAAAUUUUGUUCAAACACUGAAGUUUUGUAGACAACCAUAGAAGACUUACAACUCCUUGAAA